AAACAAUGGCGGCCCCGUUUCUGUUCCGGAAUGCUGUCAUCUGUGCGGCCUUGCCGCUGCCAGCGCGCGCUAGCAUACUAGCGCAAACUUCCGGUGCCGCAGAAAAAGUGCCGAUCCGUCUCUUUUCGGCUCUCCCCGCAAACACCUGCGCCUAGUUUCACUGGGCGCGUCUGAUGACCGGCCGUGCUCGGUCAGAGUCCCAACCGAUCUGGCGUUGCGAGCCACGAUCGGCUGUUGCCUUGUGACGAACUGCUCCAGUUUUGGUGGACGACGCGAAACAGACGAGGCUUCGUUCUUUGCUCUGGCAACUGGGAUUGUAACGUGUCGGCGCGACUCAACGGAUUCUGCCUCCACCGAAGAUAAGCGCCUGCGGUGAACCUGUCCUGGUGUGGUAUGCCUGCGAGCAUCGGGGGUUAAGCGUCUCAUGAAGAACAAUGUCGAUGGCGAUCAGCGAUUGGCGGAUUCCGUUGACGCUGGCCGCGAUCCUGGGUUGCUGGGCGCCGUGGCGUUCCCCAUCGGCGGAGGCGGCAUCUCCUCCCUGCGACGCCUUCGACGACAUGCAGGGGCUAUGCAGGUGCACGUUGCAAGAGAAGACACCGACCAACGACUCCCAUAAUCAAGUAUGGGUGACCUGCAUCAACGUCACAAGCCUGGAACACCUGUCUCUUGUAUUGAGUCCCAUGCGCGGCAGGAGAAUCGACAAAUUCCAGCUGGGUUUCUCCAGGGUGGGCUAUGUGCCCAGCAACCUGUUCCUGGACAUCGCAGUUCAAGACCUCCAGUUCUGGGACUCCCCUCUCUCCACCUUUGUCCUGGGCGACGAGAGGGCCUUCCUGGGCCUCGAGUCCACGCUUCGCUGGCUCUCCAUGCGCCGGUGUCGACUCAACAGCAGCCUCCCUUUCCAAAGAAUGGGGCACCUGCAUGCCUUGGAGACCCUUGACCUGUCCUUCAACGAGCUGACGGUGAUCCGAGAGUCCUGGUUCCGCAACUCCCUCAACGGGCUCCGCUCGCUGCUCUUGCGCGGCAACCGGAUUGGACUGGUCGAGUCUCGGGCCUUCGCCGGUCUGCUCAGGCUCUACCAGCUGGACCUGGCGCAGAACAACCUCAAGCACCUCAAGAGAUCCAUGUUCCCCAGCGGCCUCUUCUUUCUCGACCUCAGUGACAACAGACUGAGCUUCCUGACGCCGGGACUUUUGGAUGGCAUGACGAACCUGCGGAGAGUCUACCUGAACGGAAACAGGGUCACGACGCUGGCACAGGACGUCUGGGCCGCAAUCUGGAGUAACCCGAAGCUGGGAGUCGAGAUCCUGGGUAACCCCCUGGUGUGCGACUGCUCGCUCCAGUGGAUUGUGAUGCUGUUCCCGAGGCGCUGCUUCUCCCAAGACUGCCAGCGCGCCGUCCCCGAGUACCGGCAGCUGGACGGCCGCUGCAACUCCCCGCCGUCGGUGGCAGGUCUCCACCUGUCGCAGAUGACGUGCGACAGCCUGCCCUGCGACACGCCCUGCCCCAAGCUGGAGCCCAACGACGUUUCCCUCCUACCGGACGCCGCCUAAAAUGGGACGCGGCAGACGGUGCGCUCACACAGCACCGGCAUACCCAGUGAAAGUCGCUCCAUCCGUUUUCAGUUUGCACAUCAACCACGAAAACGGUUUACUUCCUCGAAGCUCGCUGUCGUCGCUUCCCAUUUCUUGUUUUGGUACAUUGAGGACCGAUAACAGCGGUGGCAUUGACGACAGCCAGCAGGUCGUGUGAGUGGUUUUCGCACCAACGUGUUGAGCACGCUCUAAGCCUCUGCCCAAGGACGCAAGCAAAACUAGCAAAAAAUAAAUAAAAACGGACGAAGGUGGAUUUGAGUACGAUAUAUGCUAUGUUGUGUCGCUUCACGCCAUUUGCCGCGUCCUGCUUGGAUAGCCCUUUAUAGCCUCGUCCCACUAGAGCGACAAACAGCAACAAGAGACGGCGAGAAACAACAACGAGCUACAAACGACACUGACAGACGGCCUGUUUGGCGGAAUCCACCGACCCACCUGGCGGACGUGACGCAAAAUACACGAACAAGAGAACUUGUUUCCUAGUUGUAAUGGUGAUUGAAACAAAGCACUUAGAAAUACACAGACAAACAGAGUUGGACGACGCGGUUUUCGUGUUGAGCUCUUUUGGGCAGAAAACGCGCCGACAAGCACGGUGAAAGCAGGGCCGCUUUUUAUUUUAAUUAGAGCUCCCGCUUAGUUUUUGUUUGUUGUUGGUGAAUCUCCCAAAACGGGCAACAACAUUGACACUGAAGUUUUUCAGAACCCGACUUUCCGUAUCGUUCCUUGUUUAUGUCCUUCGGGCCGUUCGAGGUAUUAUAAUGAGCGCCGCGAAGCUUCAGGCCGAUCUCGAGGAUGUUCUUAUCCAAACGAUCAAGGACAGGCGUUUUUUGCGAGAUAUAUGACACCCCGAC